CCUAAAAAUUAUCAAACCUAAAAACUCUCUUUCUUUCUUUUUUUUUUCCCUCAAAACCCUAAUCUGAGAAAUCAAACAACCACUUGGAAGAGAUGGAUCUAGAAGACUGGGAACUACUCCCCAGACAUCCCAACGAGGAUCACGACGAAGAUCAUGAGGCAGACAUAGAGAUCGUUAGAAACACUGAAAAAGGCUUUGACAUGGAUUACUUCAUCUGCCCAACACAAGAAGAUCCUGUCGGAAAAACGGAGUUCCAUCAACGAUCAAGCGUUGUCCCCACAAAGCUCCUCCAAGUUCCCAUAACUUGGGAACCCGUGAACAACGUGGAAGACACAAAUCACAACAAGAACCAGGAUCCGUCAUCCCCGAGAAUAACCUUCAAAACAGCGAAGGAAAACGGAUUUGUCGACAUGAAAAUAGACUUGCCAGUGAGGUUAACAAGUCCUCUGCCUCAGAACGAUGAGAAACACUCCGUCUCAGGAGGAGUGUUAGCAAAAGAGUACUAUGAUGAGAUGGGAACAGAGGUUAAAGAAGGUAGUGACUUGAGGAGCAAGAAAGGGGUUGAUUGGGAUGAAAAGGAGAACAUAUGUGGUGAGAAAAUGAAUCUGUGGAAGAUGAGCCUUCAUGGAAUGGGAGCCAUAUGUUCAUUUGGUGUUGCUGCUGCUGUUACCACCUUCUGUGUCUUCUUCCUUGGACACAACAAUAGCAUCCAAGGUUGUCGGAACAAGAAUAAAAUCCUCAGGUUCCAGAUUUAUGCUGAUGAUAAUAAGCGAAUAAACGAAGUAGUGAAGCAUGCAACAAAGCUAAAUAAAGCAAUGUCUGUGAUGAAAGGUCUUCCGGUGGCAAGAGCUCAGAUCUCUUUUGGAGGAUACUAUGAUGCACUUUGA